AUGUCCCAAACAUCUUCUCGGGUCAGCGAUUUCCUUGAAAGAGCCAAAAAACUUGCCCAAGAUACAAAAUCCUCUGACUUCAUUCCCCCUCCAAAAAAAAUCGAAAAUUCUCCACCUGCAGUAAAUCCCCCUCAAUCAAUCUCUAUAGUUCCUGAUAAAACUCCAAAGGAGUCAAUUAGCAUUUCUUCAACUUUUGAAGAAACUCCUCCAAUGAGCCAAAGAAGUCCAGAAGCAUCUCCUUCUCCUUUUUCUCCUAUUAAAUCUCCAAAACUCCCACACACAAUUUCCCCAAGACUCUUUGCCCUUCCAAAGCCUAAAGAAAUAGCAGUUCCAACGCAGGCUCCUUCAAAACCUAGCAUAAAUUCCGCAAAUCCAAAAGGACUUGAAUUUCUCGCCAAUGAAUAUUUAAAAGCUAAAAAAGCUACAGAAAAGCAACUGGCGAACAAAAAGGAAAAUGAAUCAAGAGCACUGAAUUCAUUCAAAACUGCUAUAAGCAAGGAAAAAGAAAAAAUUGUUUCUGAUCCUCAAACUAAAGCCAUACAAGAAAUGUAUGAGAAAAAAACACAAAAAUUUGUGAUGGCUAUAGAAUCAGAAGUACAGCAGAUGGGGAAAAGGUUAAAAGAAGCUCAAGAUGAAAAUAAAAAAUUAAAACAAGCAUUAGAAGAGAAAAACUUUUCAAAAGAAAAGAAUUAUUUUCAAGACGUCAAUACUUCAAGAUCUUCAUGCUUCGAAGCGACAGCUUCGUCCAGGAUUAUAAAAGAAUCGAAAAGUGAAACUUGUGGAGGGUUUGAUGAGCUGUCUGAAUACAUUGCGGGCAUUAAAAAGAAUAUUGGCCAAAACUAUGCGAGAGAUAUAGAAAACUCUGUUCAGAAGUGAUAUAAUGACUUUGACUUGGAAUCAGAGGGAUACCAAUCUCUUAGAACAAGCUUAUGCAAGAAAAUUGUGGAAGUAGAAGAGAAAAGGCUUUCUACAGAAGAAAAAGCAAAUAAUCUUCUUGCGGACGAAGAAAAAAAAAUAGCAGACCUUGAGCUUGCAUUAAAGAUUUUGGAAAUGAGGAAUCAUAGCCAAAGCACUGAAAAGUUUAUGGAAGUUAGCUCAGAAAUUUAUGAUACAAUGCUUGGAAAUAAAGAAACAGUAUUGGAAAAACUUGCCACCGCUACUCUUAGGCACGUCUAUAACUCAACAGUUACCACUUCUAUUUAG